AUGGGAGCUCCCUUCCGUUCUGCUUCGUACCAUUCGCUCUUCUUUUAUUUCCUGCCAUUAAGUACGUUUUCUCACAUUUGUCGCUCUCCCACCCACCAUGCUGUGGUUGCUGGGAGAGCGGCACGCUGUGGUUGCUGCCACCCAAACCAGGAGUUUGGAAACAUCGAGGCACCUUCCCUCGCCCGCCUUCGAGCCCUCUUCUCCUCCAUCUAUGCCAGAAACGCGCGAGGCGCAGGAGGGGAGGCGGCAUCUGAGGGAGGUGACAUGUGCCGUGCUCUUCAGUGCCCUACGCGUGCCCUCCAUCUGCCUUGUCGACCAGGUAACCCCAUGCAACCAGGUAACCCCAUGCGACCAGGUAACCCCAUGCGACCAGGUAACCCCAUGCAACCAGAUAACCCCAUGCGACCAGGUAACCCCAUGCGACCAGGUAACCCCAUGCGACCAGGUAACCUCAUGCGACCAGGUAACCCCAUGCAACCAGGUAACCCCAUGCGACCAGGUAACCCCAUGCGACCAGGUAACCCCAUGCGACCAGGUAACCCCAUGCGACCAGGUAACCCCAUGCGACCAGGUAACCCCAUGCAACCAGGUAACCCCAUGCGACCAGGUAACCCCAUGCGACCAGGUAACCCCAUGCAACCAGGUAACCCCAUGCGACCAGCGGGGGCAGCAUCAGGUGUGGUGGUGAACAUUGGCUUCCGCAGCACCACAAUACUUCCCAUCAUGCGAGGCCGCACCGCAUGCAGCCUGCUGCCCUUGUACUGCCUGCCGCUGGGCGCCAUGCGAGUCACGGGGCACCUCAGCCAGUUACUGCACGAUUCUGGGAUCGUGUGCCAGUCCAUGUUCACCUGGGAUCGUGUGCCAGUCCAUGUUCACCUGGGAUCGUGUGCCAGUCCAUGUUCACCUGGGAUCGUGUGCAAGUCCAUGUUCACCUGGGAUCGUGUGCCAGUCCAUGUUCACCUGGGAUCGUGUGCCAGUCCAUGUUCACCUGGGAUCGUGUGCCAGUCCAUGUUCACCUGGGAUCGUGCUCUCGCAAUAACUUUCAGCACCCCACUGCAUCAUGCUUGUCACCCCAACCCCCUCUCUCCCCUCCCGCAGUCGCUGUGCUUUGUGGCGCACGACUUCCAGGCUCUUGCUUCGCUGUGCUUUGUGGCGCGGGACUUUGAGGCAGCGAGGAGGGGCGAGGAGAGGGGGGUGCGGGGCACGUGUGAGGUGCCGGGGGAGGGCGCCUUCACUCUCGCCAGGGAGCGCUUCCUCGCCCCUGAAGUGCUCUUUCAACCUCACCUCUGUGGCCUCGGCGGCAGGGGCAUACAGCAGGCAGUGGCGCAGUGCAUAGUGGAGUGUGCUGCCCGGGUGAAGGCGUUUCAGGUGCAGCAGGACUGGAAGGCCCGACACAGCCACGCGGGAGAGGCACCGGCUGCAGAUGAGGAGAAGGAGAAGGAGAAAGGGGGGGAGGAGGGUGAGCGAGUGCCUGGGGCGGGGCCAGGGGGUGAAGGUACCACGAGGCGGGUGGGAAGUGGGGAGGGGGAGGCAGGGGCGGGUGGGGGGGUGUGGGGGCGAGUGCCUGCGCCACUAUCAAGUGAGGAUGUGGCGGAGGCGAUCGGCACCGUGGUGGUGGCGGGGGGCACGUCUGCGCUGCCAGGGAUAGCAGAGCGGCUUCAUCUGGAGCUGCAGCGCCUGCUUCCCCUGCCCCUCGCUAACAGACUCACUGUGAAGGCAGUGGGGCCGUAUGGUGCAUGGAUGGGCGGCAGGAUCGUUGCUACUGUGAGUGUUAUUGGCUGUGACUGA